GUCUUCAAGUUGCCUUCCGUGAAAAGAGAAACGCACCUGGAUGUCCUGGAGCCCGCAACUUGUGUCUUUUUAGAAAUAGCAAGGUUUUGACACAUCCCCGUCCUUCAACUACGUCGUUACCAUGAGCGACGAAGCCAACGGGGCGCCGGCUGCCGGCUCGCCCGAACACUAUGCCAUUGGUAUUGCGUUUGGAAACUCAUACAGUUCGAUAGCACACAUCUCGGGAGAAGGAAAGGUCGAGGUUAUUGCCAACGAAGAAGGUGACCGACAGAUCCCUUCUGUUUUGUCCUACAUCGAUGGAGAAGAAUACCACGGCACGCAAGCGAAAGCGCAGUUGGUGCGCAACAGCAAGAACACCGUUGCAUACUUCCGAGACUUUAUUGGCAAGGAUUACAAGUCGAUAGACCCUACUCCAUGCCAUGCCUCGGCACACCCUAUCGAGGCCGACGGUCAGAUCUGCUUCUCGAUCCGGGACACGGAGAGCGAAGCCGAGAACAAAGUCUCAGUCGAGGAGAUCACUGCCAGACACCUGCGACGAUUGAAGAACUCUGCCUCUGACUUUGUCGGCAAACCCGUGACGGCGGCAGUUGUUGCAGUUCCCACCGAUACCAACGACGAACAAAAAGCUGCACUCUCCAAAGCAGCGGCCAGCAUCGAGCUUGAGAUCCUACAGUUCAUGCCGGAACCGAUCGCUGCUCUCCUUGCAUAUGACUCGCGGUCAUCCGACUCAGCGGCAGACAAGAACGUGUUGGUGGCGGAUUUUGGCGGGACCCGGUCGGAUGUGGCCGUCAUUGCGUCAAGAGGAGGAAUGUACAGCAUCUUGGCCACCGCCCACGACUACGAACUUGGAGGUGUCCUUCUUGACCAGAUCCUCGCCGACCACUUCGCCAAGGAAUUCGAGAAAAAACACAAGAGCGACCCCCGCAAGAACGAGAGAAGCCUGGCAAAACUGAAGCUCGAAUCUGAGGCUGUCAAGAAGGCCCUCAGCCAGAGUACCAGUGCGACAUUCAGUGUGGAAAGCCUUGCGGACGGCGUCGAUUUCCGGUCGACCAUCAACCGGAGCCGCUACGAGAUCCUUGCCCUGAAGACUUUCACUCGUUUCACCAGACUUGUCGAGGAAGCCAUCAAAAAGGCCGACCUCGACGUGCUGGACAUUGACGAAGUCAUCAUGUCCGGAGGCACUUCGCACACCCCCAAGAUCGCGAGGAACAUCGAAGGUCUCUUCCCGGAAUCGACCCAAGUGUUGGCUCCUGCAACCACCCCUACCGCCCUCAACCCCUCGGAGCUCUCGGCCAGAGGCGCCGCCCUCCAGGCAUCCCUGAUCCAAGAAUUCGACAAGGAGGACAUCGAUCAGUCCACCCACGAAAUGGUCACCGUCACCCCGCACUUGACCGCCGCCAUCGGCUACCAAGUCACCGGCCAACCGGCCGAUGCGUUCACCGUCAUCAUCCCCGCCGAGACUGCCGUGCCCGCUCGGAGAAGCAAGACGAUUGAAGGGCUCGAGGGUGACGUCUUGGUCCGGAUAUGCGAAGGCGAGCGCGAAAUCAAGGUCACCAAACCGGAGCCGAAAGAGAAGCCCGCCACGAACGGCACAAAGGAGAAGAAUGACGAUGAUGAAGAUGAUGAAGAUGAUUCCGAUUUCGACGAGGAUGAUGAACCAGAAGAGAUCCGGGAAAAGGUCUGGAAGCCCAAACAAGCUCUCGCCGAGUUUGUCUUCAAGGCUCUGCCCAAAGGCUCAAAAGUCGAGGUCAUGGUCAAUGUUGAUGCUGAGUUGGUGGUAUCGAUUACUGCUCGGCAUGUCGGGGGCAAAGGUGGCGUCCGGGGUGAAAUCAAGGCUUCGGAAGCCGUGCAGAACGGUAGUGCUUGAUAAUUGCAGUGAUAGAAGAUAGUCUUUUUUUUGUCAUUCCAAUUUUGUGUUUCUGUCCUGUUCUGCAUGAAGUGUUAUGCGAAACAAAAUGUACUGUACGGUCUGCUGCUAUGGCAUUGCGGGGGGACAUGAGUAGAUUGCGGCCAAGUGACUUAAGAGUAACAGACAAUAUAGUAUCGUAUGUAGGUUACCUAAGUUGAUAAUGUCGUGCAAUGUGUGAAGCAAGAGUCGCCAUUUGAUUUGGUAUUGUCCAGGCAUAGCCC